AUGUCAACACGAUUCUCCGGAAAAGUUGUUCUUGUUACAGGAUCCUCAAAUGGAAUUGGUAGAGCAACGGCUAUCCUAUUCGCUAAGGAAGGUGCUAAAGUUACCAUAACCGGAAGAAACGCCCAAAGACUCGAGGAGACAAAACAGGAGAUUCUUAAGGCUGGAAUUCCAGAAGACCAUGUUUUGGCAAUCGUCACAGAUUUGGCUACAGAGGAGGGACAAGAUAAACUUAUCAAUGAAACAAUUAAGAAAUUCGGAAAAUUGGAUAUUCUGGUUAACAAUGCUGGAGCUGCAUUCAAUGACGCUGAAGCGAAGACUGGUGUAGACCAAAACGUCUCGAUCUAUGAUAAAAUAAUGCAAAUCAAUUUGAGGAGUGUUGUUACUUUAACCCAGAAAGCGAAGAAAUAUUUAGUAGAGGCCAAGGGAGAGAUUGUGAAUGUCUCUAGUAUUGCUGCAGGACCACAAGCGUACCCUGCUCUUCCCUACUACGCCAUGUCCAAGUCUGCUCUAGACCAGUACACCAGAAGUGCAGCCAUCGAUCUUAUCCAAUACGGAGUUCGUGUGAACUCUGUGAGCCCUGGAGCAGUGGCAACCGGCUUUAGACAGGCCAUGGGGAUGCCAGCGGAGACUUAUGAGAAGUACACCCAAUUCCUGCAAUCCCACAAGGAAUGCAUCCCAUACGGAUCCAUUGGUCAGCCAAUCGAUAUUGCUCAUAUUAUUGCGUUUCUUGGUGAUCGUAAAUUGUCUUCUUAUAUCAUCGGCCAGACGAUUGUGGCCGAUGGAGGGUCCACUUUGGUCAUGGGAAUGCAGGCUCAUAAUAUGAUGGACAUUUUGAAAUCCUAA